GUUGGUACUAGCUAGUACAUUCAACCAGAUGACCAAACCACGGGGAUAGUUUCCUUCUUUGGGUUGGGGUUCAGAGAGAUCCUAAUAUUUUUUACUUUUGUAGCUCGUAAUGACUCGACGCAGCAAUCGCAUCCGCAUCGUCUCCCCUCGAUUAUUAUCAGCAGCAGAAGUUGCUACCGUAUUACAGCUCAAGAACGCGACCAACUGGUAGCUGAUAGACUCAGUUGUCUUUGCUUUUCAAGAUGGUGUAUGGUCUCAUUCAGUCGUGCCGAUAUGCCUUGAAGUAUCGUGGAGGAUGGAGAGGUCUCCUGGAGCACAUGUACACGAAUGGAGAUCAUCCAUUCAAGGUCGGCACGUACAUGGGAUGUGAUCCCAUGGGCAAUCGCUAUUACGAAAACAGGGUGGACUAUCCCAUUGGUCAGCAUCGAUGGGUUGAGCCUGCUGAUAUUCAUAACUUUGACAGUACCCAUGUUCCCCCGGAAUGGCAUGGCUGGAUGUGCUCCAUGAACGAUGCCACUCCCUCUAUGGAACAGGAGUACAUGGAAGAGAUGCACAAGCGUCAACUCAAAAUGGAGGAUUCCGAUGCACCAUACGUAGACGCCGUUGGACACCAGGAGCCAUACUUUAACUUCAACCACCAACACAAUCAAUCCCAAAUCCGUUCUCGUGGAUACGGAGUGGGUAACCACGUGGUGGGACUUCCUCCAGGUGCUCCCGAUGCUUUCUACACCCAACCGGGCUCACCCUACAAUGCGGCCAGCAUUCGCAAGUUGGAGUAUGCUGGAGACUUGGAUGAAACUAAGGGUGGAGGCCGUCCCUACAAGAAUGAUAUGUGGAAAGAACGUCUCAUGACGGAUGAAGAUAGGGCUGCCAUUGCCAAGAAGGCCGCGGACGCGGCGGCACUGGAAGCCGAGAAGGCCAAGUCUCACAAGCCGCUCAGUCUCCGUGAGCAAGCUAUUCUGGCACGUGGUGGUACUUUGAAAUAGAUCAUUGCAUUAUCUAUUUUUAACUAACGCAGCCACAAAGCGAGGAGGAAAGCAGCCGUAAUGUUUAACAGUAAACUUAGCCCCAAUCAACUUGUUCUC